AUGGUCCAGUUUAGUGCCGCCGCGCACAAGGCAAAGGGUAUGGACCAAGUGGCCGACGAGGAAUCGUGCUCGAGCUGCCAGGACAUCUUCAAAACCAAAGGUUCUGGAGCUGGUGAACAUUCGCGAGAGCAGGCUGCUCUCGCACAACGAAUAUUCAACCAAGUGCUAUCUGGCGGCGAAGUUUCAAGUCAAGUCCCGCGAGAUCUGUUUGAAGACUACUGGGCGUCAAGGUCCAUUUACAACGCACUAGCUGCGUAA